UCAAUUGCAAGUUUCAUCAGUGAUAAACAUUGAACUGAAAGACAGUGUUGAACGGAACGAGCAAAAAAUGUCUCUUCACUCAAAUACAAUGUUAACCUCAACAAAAGCAUCUCAUCGUCAACCUCUUUUUUUGCGUUAAUUAUUGUGCCUAACCAAAGAUGAUCAGCUCAUUAUCAUCAUGAGAAGAGAAGUGAAAAAGUAUUCAUUUAUUUUCAAUGUUUGCCAUGAAUCAAAGAAGCAAAUUACCAAGAAAAACAAGUCUUUCAUUAAUGUACUUUACCUUUUGCCAACAAUCAAGUUAAAGUAACAAGAAAAGAUGGAAUAGAGAAAAUCAUCUUUUUUGUCAAUUGUUCCAAUUCUGUGUGUGUUCAAGUUUCAAAAUCAACUGUAAAAGCUCAUCAAGUUCAACAGUUGAUCAACUUUAAUCAUAUAUUGAAAUGUCAAUUAGUUUAAUAACAAUUUGGAAAAACAAUCGAGACUAAAGUGUUUCCAAAUUUUUCGGAUUUUGUGACUUCGAUUUUGUGUUUCUUUUGUUUCUUUCAUUUUUGCUUUAAGUAAAGAGUCGAACAUGUUUGCCAAAUUAAAGGGUGGAACUGGAGGAACCUCGGGUCAAGCUGGACAAACACCGAUUCCUGCAACUUCACCAGAAACUGCACUUCACAACCCGAUCAGCCAGUACUUUGAGAUUGGCAAGCAAAUUGGAUCAGCAGGACCUGAAUUGGCUUGGAAAGUCUAUGAGGCCUACAGAAAGUCAGAUGGAAAGGAAGUUUCCGUGUUUUACUUCGACAAAAAGUGGACUGAAAAGUUUGGUAAAAGUUCAGGGAAACGUCGAGAGUGUAUCAGUGAAGUGUUAAAGUGCGGUGCCCUUCAGUUGGAUCGAUUUCGCCAUUCCAAGAUUCUUCAAAUAAUCGCCAAAGUAGAGGAAACCAAUGAUAACCUUGCCUUUGCCAGUGAACCCAUUAUCGGCAGUCUGGCCAAUAUAUUGGGUUACCUUGAGGAUAGACUAAGACAGGGAGUUCCUUCGGUUCUAAGGGAAUACACUUUCUCUGAAUUUGAAACAAAAUAUGGACUACUCCAGAUCACUGAGGCCCUCCUUUAUCUACAUUAUACAUGCAAAAUUAUCCAUCGAAAUAUCUGUCCACAAUCUGUGAUAAUAAAUAAACGGGGAACUUGGAAAUUGUCUGGUUUCGAGUUUACAGUUAAAUGUAAUGACGGUGAUAAUAUGAUUCCUGUUUCAUGUCCAGCAUUCACCUCUAAAUCACCGAAAAUGAGUCAACCCGAUUUAGAUUUCAUGGCACCCGAAGUUCAAGCUUCUUCCGCUUGUAGUCCACAGAGCGAUAUGUUUUCAUUUGGUCUGUUAAUAUGCAGUAUUUUUAAUAAUGGUCGAUCACCUAUUCAAGCAAAUCUAUCAACAGCCAACUACACUAAACAAUUGGAAACUUUGAAUCGGAGUGUUCAAGAGCUAUUGGAUCGUAUGCCUAUUUUAUUAGCUGAAAAUGUACCCGCUCUUUUGGAACCCGCUUCACGUAAAAGACCAACUUCACAUACCUUUUCUAUGAUAAAAUAUUUUCACGAUCAAGGAGUUCAUGCACUUCAAUAUCUCGAUACAAUUCAAAUGAAAGAUUCAAUGCACAAGGCAAACUUUUAUCCAAGCCUUCGAGGUGUCCUCUGCACUAUCCCAAAGAAAAUGUGGUUCCAACAUAUUCUACCAACCAUCAGUGCUGAGCUUCAAUUCAACGAUGUUCUUGCAGCCGCCCUUCAACCCAUUCUCUACAUCAUUGAGGAAUGCAAUACAGACGAAUAUCAAAAUUAUAUUCUUCCAAUCAUUCGGAAUCUUUACCAAGCACCCAAAUCAGUUCAGGCAACUGUAACUUUAUUAGAAAAUAUUAACAUAUUGAUUAGGAAAAGUGGUCAACAUGAAAUUAAAAAUGAAAUUCUGCCCAUGCUUUUUAAUUCCCUGGAUUCAAGUCAACCUCAAGUUCAGAUAGCUGCUCUUAGUGCAAUUUCCGAAGUAAUUGAACACUUGGAGGAGAACACAAUUAAGCAAAUUGUUAUACCAAAGGCGAGACAAAUUCUUGAAGUUAAUGAUUCAAUUCAGGUUCAAACCAAUAUACUCAACUGUGUUGCCAAGGUUAUUGAUAAUUUAGAGAAAAAUGAGAUUCUUGAUGAUGUUUUACCUCUUCUGUUGGAAGCCAAGCUAUCUGAGAUAUCGAUUCUGACACCUGUUCUUGCUAUUUAUCGACACAUGUUAAGUGACAAAAGAUUUGGACUCAAUGUUAAUCUUUUAGCAACCAAAGUGAUGCCAACCUUGAUUCCCAUCAUUGUUUCACCCAAUAUCACUGUUGAAGAGUUCAACACUCUUGCUGAUUUGCUGCAAGAAAUGUUGGAUCAAAUUAACCGAAGUCAAAGAAAUAAGCUCAAAUUGGAACGAAUGAGCACGUUUUCAACCGAAAAGUAUCCUUUACAACAUAAUCUUGACCAACCAACAGGCUAUCCUCAUCGACCUCCAUGUUUAAAAUUGUCAACUCGUCGUCAGUCGAUAUCGGUGGAUGAUGUCCUUAAAACAACAACCAUCAACUCGAAUGCAUCCUCACCAGACCUUAACCUUCUUCGAGUUCAAACUAAUCUUCCCUAUCGUCGUCAUUCCGAUAAUGCCAUUGAGCCACCCAGAAUUUUGAUUGCUUCAGCAACACCUGGUUAUGGAUCAGGAACCCUUUCAAAGGCUGGAAGUAUGGCUAAUCUUCCGAGAAGGCGACAUUCCUCUGUUAAUCCAAAUGAAGUUAAAGGCAUAUCAUACAAUUUUUUCACUCCUUCUAGACCAGUCCAUAAGGUUGGCAGUAACUCCUCGUUUAAAUUAGAUUUUCCCAUUCCUGGUCGAACCUCUCCUGGCCGAGGUCGUCGUUAUUCCGUUGCCACCAUCAUUAAUCAAUCUCAGAGUACGUCUUCCACCAUUCUCAAUCAAUUAGGCACCGGAGUGCAACAACUCUUUGGACGAUAGCUUUAAUUAGAAGAAUGGAAAGGAAAAGCAACAGGAUAAAUUAAAGUAUAUAACCAGGGAGAGAAUCAAUACGGAAGAUUUAUUGAUCUCAGCGGAUUUCAUACUCAACCUUUCAUGACAGUUUCAACAAGCAACAAAGCCAUAUCAUAAUAUCCUUAUCAUUUGAUUAUCCAGUUUUAUUUCAAUUUUAACAGCCAACAGUUAUAAUCCAUUGUGACUACAACCCAGCCCAACAAGCCUCCCCACUCAUCAACCUCUCUAUACUGCAUAUUACCAGUAGACUGUAAAUUGUAAUAACCCCACGCAAUAGUCAAACCAAAUAUAAUCAAAAGAUAAUGACGAUUUAGGCAAAGUUAAAGACAUGGGUACAUCUUGGACCCAACAAUGAAGGAUAAUCAAACAAGGAAUUGCACACUCCUGUUAAUCUAAACCAGUUUGUUUUGAUUUUUGGCCGUUUCUGUUACCUUCUCAUUUUGGAUAUAUUCAUAACACCUAACCAAAUGAUUUACAAGAGAAAACUAAAAGUAUUUGAAAUGAUGAAUCAAAAAUAGAGAUUCAAAUGUUAUUCAUACCGGAAAAAAACCAGAAAAAAAUGCAAUAUUGCAAUAAAUCAACAAUACAUUAUUCAAAUUGUUAAUAUAAAAUGAAAAAAUUUUGGAAAAACAAAAGGAAAAGAAAGUUGAAAAUCAAGAUACAAUUAAAUUUAACUUGAUCA